CUUAAAAAAUAAUAAUUAAAAUUUUACAAAUGAAAUAUAAAAUAUAAUUAUUUAUGAACAAAAUAGUGAUGUUCAUUAAAUAUUUCGGACAUAGUUUUCAACUUCUUAACCAGUUUUAAAACAGACCUGUUAUUACAAAUCUAUUUACAUCACCCCCCGUUCUUAUUUAAUAUUUCCCUUUGGUUUUAACACCCUAUCGCUAACUACUCAAGAUAUUUUUUAACGUACGCCACCUAUUGGCCAUUUCACCAAACCAGAUAUGGUAGAAGUUUCAAUCGUUUCGCUACUUUCGUUCAGUGCGAUCGAGUUCGUGUCUUAACUCUUUCGUUUCAAGAGCACCACUUUUUUCAGCAGCACCAUAAAGUAGGCAGCAAAAACCUUCAGUUUCCAAAGUGCUUGGGAAAAAAGAAAAGUUUGGCCCAAAUCAGGUGACGACAGUGAAUGUGCCCCAAAGACAGAAAAAACCGAAAAUACAUAUGCCCACGGUCUAGUAAGUCGGAUGCAAAGACAGAGGAGAAUGGCAUUGGCAACGGUAGUCGAAGUCACGCAGGAGCUCAAUAGCUUAGAACGAGCUGAAAAGUGGGAAUAUAAUUGCAAACGAAACUGCAUUUCGGAGGCUUUCGCAGCGAAAUCACGAAAGCGCAGCCCCAGUGGCCAACAGCAUCUGGCUAAUUGCCGUGAUAUUUAGACUAAGACAAAGCGUGUGUUUCUGUGUUUUUGUGUUUUUCAAUUUCAGGCAGCCGGCCGACAUGCGAUAUUUGUAGCCACAGGUAUAAAAUGCAUUAGAUCCACCGGCCAGCACUCAGUUGAUCCCCCAAAGAGCAGCGCCCGGCGUCUUCUCUCCAGUUUAUGCCUCACCACCAGGAUCGGCCAAGGAUCCUCAUCUCGCCCAGCGUCGAACAGCAAUAUCCUCCAGCCGAGUCAUGGUCAAGUACGUGUGGCAUGUGGCGGCCCUGAUGAUCGUCUUCUGCUGGCUCUCCAGUGCCCGCAGUGCCAGCUACCAGCACCAGAAUCCCAACAGUCUGAGUUCGGUUCCCAAGCCCCCGACCAGCAGCCCCUCGAGGGGUUCCUCGGGGUUCUGGAAGGACAUGUCCAUGGUCUACCGCAUCUACCAGCAGUGCACCGGUGACAACAUGUCCGUCUGCCUGAAGGUCAAGCUGCUGACCGGCUUGGAAAAGGCCUUCCGGUCGGCCAAGACCCUCUCCCUCACGGAGGGCAUUCAGUUCGUUCGUUCUGGUGAAGAAAGUGGGGAGUCGAAACGGGCUCCCAUCAGCGAACAAGACAUCGAGGCUGUCCUGCCCAGGAGCCUGGACGCCAAGGAGCAGGUGCUGAACAACAUGAUCCUGAAGCGGGUGGGCAACUUCCUACAGGACCACACUCUGCAGGUGAAAUUCGACUCCGAGACAAGUUCGGUGGAGGGUCGCAAGAAGAAGGAGAAGAAGAACGGCGCCAUGAUCAUGAUCCCAUUGCUGCUGGGCGGCACCUUGGUGCCGCUGGCCUACGGAGCCCUGGCCAUGUUGGCCGGAAAGGCGCUGAUCGUGUCCAAGCUGGCCCUGGUCCUGGCCUCGAUCAUCGGCAUCAGGCGGCUGCUGAGCGGGGCCCACUCCGGGAAGGAGACCUCACACGAGGUGGUCGUCUCCGCGGGCGGCCAUUCCGGAUGGGGUCGGGAGCUGGACACCGCCUACAGCGGAUGGAAGCCGGCGGCCAAGGAAGCGGCGGGCCAAGGAAGCGCCAAGAGCCUGUGA